AUAUAUAUAAUCGAAAAUAUAUUAGGCUAAAGCUCAAGGCCAGUCUUCAUCUCCCAUCUUCAUUUCCUUUCCGAACUCAGAAAUCCCAUCAAUCUGACCAAAUGUUCAGUGGUAGCUCUGAGCUUUCCCAAAAGUCCCUUCAAAUAAGGCAAGAUGACAACUUGAUCUUCUCCAAGGCUUUAUCCAAAGAAAGCUCCGUGGCUAACCCUUCUCUCAGGGUGUAUUAUGGAGGAGCUUCUGGUGCUGUUCCCUUCAUGUGGGAGUCUCGCCCUGGUACCCCUAAACAUCAUACACUUUCCGACACUGCGCUUGUACCCCCUCUCACUCCCCCUCCUUCCUAUUAUUGCAGUUCCAAUAAAAAAUCCGUCAAGAAGAACAACUCAAGAUCCAAUCUCUUUUACGCUUUAUUCCCAAAAAUAAAUCUUAGAAAAACCAAUGCGUCUCCGUCGCUCACUUCAGCAUCAUUCUCAUCAUCAUCGGAUUCAUCAUUGUUUUCUCCACUUAUUACUAUAAAGCUCAAGGGAAUUAGGAAGCGGUUUUCAAGCCAAAGCUCAUCCUUCGAUUCCAGGGAUGAUCAUGAUGACGGGACCAUUCGUUCACCAACUUCAACUUUGUGUUUUGGCAUCGGUAAGGUACUGGCCAGUGCCGGCGGUGGGCUUCGAGGCUGCUACCGGUUGUAAGAAAUGGAUGUAGGCGCUGCCGACAUACUUGUCUUGGUUAGGUUGCCUCAUUUGUUCCAUUGUGGUAACUAGCUAGUUAUCUAAACUGCCUAAACAUUCUGAAAUGUAUGUUGGUAAACCUUGUUUAUUAUCAUAUCUAUCUGAAAUAAAAUAAAA